UCGGUCUCCUUUCGGUGUCUGCGCGCUCUCGCGCAGGUCUCCACAGGCCGGCCCCACAGCGGCGCCGCUUUCCCGCCGAGCAUGGGGCUGCCUCGGAGGGCAGGGGACCCGGCGGAGCUGCGCAAGAGCCUGAAGCCGCUGCUGGAGAAGCGGCGCCGCGCACGCAUCAACGAGAGCCUGAGCCAGCUCAAGGGGCUCAUUCUGCCGCUGCUGGGCAGGGAGAGCUCCCGCUAUUCUAAGCUGGAGAAAGCGGACAUCCUGGAAAUGACCGUGCGCUUCCUGCAGGAGUUGCCUGCGUCCUCCGGCCCGACGGCGGCGCCCACACCCUCCGACAGCUACCGCGAGGGCUACCGAGCCUGCCUGGCGCGCCUGGCUCGCGUGCUACCCACCUGCCGCGUCCUGGAGCCUGCCGUGAGCGCUCGCCUGCUGGAACACCUGCGCCGGAGGGCGGCCAGCGCCACCUCCGACGGCGGGCGCUCUGGUGACCCUUGUAGCCCGCCAGCGCCUUCCCCGCCGCCCGCCCCCGCGCCCUCACCACCCGAACCUCCCCGGAACCCGGGUCUCUGGAGGCCCUGGUAGCCCCCACGGCCGUUCUACGGACCCUGCUGACUGCGUGGGACCAGGGGCGCUGGACAAACUCAGGGAGCUCUUGGAGGCGGCUCCCGUUCCCACCACGAGGGACCAGCCUGGUACUUAGAACCGGGGCAGAUCCGGAUGUCUGUGAUCUGUGCUUGGAGACUGAAGUCCACGGGGACUCAGGA